CUUCUUUGAUUCGGAUGAUUUGAGUCUGCGAGCUAGAAUCUCUUAUUACAAGGCUGAUCAUCAAAAAUGCAGAUGGCACAGUUUCUUUCACUGGUUCGAGGUGAUUCGAUUGAGUCUCCUCGUGAGAUUACCUCGCCCAGUAACCUCAUCAGCGAGUCCGGUUCGAAUGGGUGGCUUAUCAGAUUUUUUGAUUCUUCCUUCUUCUGUGAGUGGAUUGCAGUCAGUUAUUUGUACAAGCACCAGCAUUCGGGUGUGAGAGAUUACUUAUGCAAUAGGAUGUAUACGCUUCCUUUAUCCGGUAUCGAGAGUUAUCUGUUCCAGAUUUGCUACUUGAUGGUGCACAAACCAAGUCCCUCACUUGAUAAGUUUGUGAUAGAUAUUUGUGCAAAGUCACUUAAGAUAGCACUGAAAGUGCAUUGGUUUUUGUUGGCGGAACUUGAGGAUUCUGAUGAUAAUGAAGGUAUUGGCAGGAUUCAAGAGAAGUGCCAAAUUGCAGCUACUUUGGUGGGUGAGUGGUCGCCUCUUUUGCGGCCACAGAACGAGCCUUCGACUCCAGGGAGCAAGAAUCCGGUUCUUAAUAAGUUUUUGUCAUCAAAACAGAAGUUCUUCUCACUGGCUUCAUCUCCACCCACCCAGAAGUCUUUAUUAUUCUCACCUACAUCAGGGAGCAACUUGCAGGAUGAUGGUAGUCAGUUAUCUGCGGACGACAAUAAGAUUUUUAAGAGACUAAUCCCAAGUCCUAAAGUUAGAGAUGCUUUAUUGUUUAGGAAGUCAGCAGACAAAGAAGACGAGGAAUGUGAAAAGGACGGAUUUUUCAAGAGACUCUUGAGGGACAGCAGAGACGAGGAGCCAAAUGCAAACGCAGAAGGGUUCUUCAAGAAACUAUUCCGUGAGAGCAAGAAUGAGGACGAUAAAGUUGCUGACGCAGUAGAUGAUGAGGAAAAAGAUGGGUUUCUUAAGAAACUUUUCAAAGAAAAGUUUGAUGAGAAAAGAAAUGGUAACGAAAGGAAUAAGACAGAUGAAACCUUGUAUACUGAUGGAAAAUCUGGUGAAGAUAAUGAAAGGGAGGGAUUUUUCAAAAAAUUCUUUAAGGAGAAAUUUGAAGACAAACAAGACAUUGGCAAAGCCGAUGAUGGGAAUCAAAGCGAAGAUGAUGAAUCUUCAGAAUUCUCACUGUUCAGAAGAUUGUUCCGUAGACAUCCAGAAGAAGUAAAAACUACUUUACCUAGUGAAAACAGCAGCAAUGGCGGUUUAGUUGAAAGCAGUCCUGGGACAGAAAACUUUUUCCGCAAAUUGUUCAGAGAUCAUGACCGGUCUGUUGAAGAUUCUGAACUUUUCGGUUCGAAGAAAUAUAAGGAGAAGUGUCUAGGUUCACCUAAACCGCAGAAUGAUACUCCAUCUAAAAAGCCCCCACUACCAAACAAUACUGCAGCACAGUUCAGGAAAGGGUCUUACCACGAGUCUUUGGAGUUUGUACAUGCAUUAUGUGAAACGUCAUAUGAUUUGGUAGAUAUUUUUCCCAUUGAAGAUCGGAAGACCGCUCUUCGUGAGUCUAUUGCAGAGAUCAAUUCCCAUUUAGCUGAGGCUGAAACUACUGGAGGAAUCUGUUUUCCAAUGGGGAGAGGAGUUUAUCGUGUUGUUAAUAUUCCUGAAGACGAGUAUGUUCUUUUGAAUUCUAGGGAAAAGGUGCCUUAUAUGAUAUGUGUGGAAGUUUUGAAAGCAGAAACACCCAGUGGUGCUAAAACCGCAUCUACUUCCCUUAAGCUUUCUAAAGGAGGCAUUCCAUUGGCAAACGGGGAUGCAUUCUUGCAAAAGCCACCUCCAUGGGCUUAUCCGCUAUCUACUGCUCAGGAGGUUUACCGUAACAGUGCAGACCGAAUGUCAUUAUCAACUGUUGAAGCAAUUGAUCAAGCAAUGACUCAUAAGUCUGAGGUAAAAUUUGUGAAUGCAAGUCUCUCGGUCGAGAAGCAUAGUAAUUCAAUUACCAAAUCAGUAAGCAGUGGUGUGAUUGGUGUCCUGAGGACUGGUCUGGAAAGUGAUCUUGAGUGGGUUAGGGUGGUGCUGACGGCUGAUCCAGGUCUUAGAAUGGAAAGCAUUGCUGAUCCGAGAACCCCACGUCGAAAGGAACAUCGUCGUGUUCCAAGUAUAGUUGCCUACGAGGAAGUACGGGCUGCUGCAGCGAAGGGAGAGGCACCUCCAGGUCUUCCUCUCAAAGGGGCUGGUCAGGAUUCAUCAGAUGCACAGCCAAUGGCCAAUGGUGGAAUGCUGAAAGCAGGUGAUGCCUUAUCUGGUGAAUUUUGGGAGGGGAAACGACUAAGAAUUCGUAAAGAUUCAAUAUAUGGCAACCUACCAGGUUGGGACUUGCGCUCUAUCAUUGUGAAGAGCGGUGAUGACUGUCGGCAGGAACAUCUUGCGGUUCAACUCAUAUCUCAUUUUUUUGAUAUAUUUCAGGAAGCAGGGCUUCCCCUCUGGUUACGUCCGUAUGAAGUCUUGGUGACAUCUUCAUACACUGCCCUUAUAGAAACAAUUCCAGAUACGGCUUCUAUUCAUUCUAUUAAAAGUAGAUACCCUAACAUCACAAGCCUGCGUGAUUUUUUUGAUGCAAAGUUUAAGGAGAAUUCUCCAAGUUUUAAGCUUGCUCAGAGGAAUUUUGUUGAGAGCAUGGCUGGAUAUUCUUUGGUUUGUUACUUUCUACAGAUAAAAGACCGUCAUAAUGGAAACCUUCUGAUGGAUGAAGAAGGUCACAUUAUACACAUUGAUUUCGGCUUUAUGCUUUCAAAUUCUCCUGGUGGCGUGAACUUUGAGAGUGCCCCAUUUAAGCUAACUCGGGAACUUCUUGAGGUAAUGGAUUCUGAUGCUGAGGGGGUUCCAAGCGAGUUCUUUGACUAUUUCAAGGUGCUAUGCAUCCAAGGAUUCCUAACAUGUAGAAAGCAUGCAGAACGGAUUAUUCUUCUCGUCGAAAUGUUACAGGGGGAGGUUGUGGUGUUUUCAGAUAAUCCUCUUCAGGCACUGGACUUGACUUGGUAUUCGCUUCUGCUGCUCCUGUUUACUGUGAAUUUGAAGACUAAGUUUCCUGUGCUAAACUCUCACUUUACUGGUGAGGAGUUUACGGAAGAUUGUGUAAAGUUUUCCCCUUUGGAUUCGCCAAUGGGGAAAACUCAACUCGCUCCUGGAUUUCGUUUCCAUCCGACUGAUGUUGAACUCGUGAGAUAUUACUUGAAGAGAAAAGUACUGGGGAAAAAGCUCCUUGUCGAUGCUAUUGCUGAAGUUGACAUUUACAAGUUUGAACCCCCUGAUUUACCUGAUAUGUCCUUUAUAAGAAGUGGGGAUCUUAAGUGGCACUUCUUCUGCCCGAGGGAAAAGAAGUAUGCCAGUGGGGUUAGGGCAAACCGUGCAACUGAGUGUGGUUACUGGAAGACCACAGGGAAGGAGAGACCAGUUCUGUGCAAUUCUGAAGUUGUCGGAAAGAUUAAAACUCUGGUUUAUCACUUUGGUAAGUCGCCUCGUGGGGAGCGGACUGAUUGGGUUAUGCAUGAAUAUAGGCUUGAAGACAAGGUACUGACGCAGAUGAAUGUUCCUCAGGAUACUUAUGUGGUGUGUGUUCUGUUCAAGAAAGAUGGCCCUGGACCUAGAAAUGGAGCUCAAUAUGGAGCUCCAUUUAGGGAAGAGGACUGGAGUGAUGAGGAAGAACGUACUGAUCUUCCUUCUACUAGUAAUCCCACAAACCUUCUUGAGCCUAGCAAAGAAACCACUCUGGCUGUGACUGCCCCAGAUGACCCCAAUAAGGAUUGUUUUGGUGGCAUGAUAUCAGAAUCGUGCGUCUCCGAUUUCCUACCAGCUACAACUAAUACCAUCAGCGAGCUUCCACAUCCAAGUGAUGCAGCUAACACUCCUAUGUCUACUGCACCUCUGGCAGAGACCCUUCAGACCCCCAGCAAUGAUGACUUAUAUUCAAUGCUGGAUCUUUUUGAUGAUGACGAAGAAUUCUUAGGGUUCAACAAUAAUGAGGUAAGACAUGAUCCCGGUGUCUCAGCUCCAGUUUGCUUAGAAGAAGAAGGCAUUUUCAACGGAUUACCAGAGUUGAGCAACAUGCCAAGGACGGCCUCUUACGACCUAAUUGAAAACUCGGAGUUAUACCUAGAGCUACAAGAUCUCACUGCUCCAUUAAAUCCUCAUAUUGGGCUACAAGACCUAACUGCUCCAUUGAAUCCUCAAACUGGGAUGCAAGACCUCACUGCCCCAUUAUAUCCUCCAACCGGGAAUCUCAAUGACCCGAGAAGCUCCUCCUAUCUAUAUAAUCAAGGCCACUUUGACUUCUCUGCUGCUAAUGAUGAUGAUCCUUAUGGCUUUUCUGCUUCCAUGGGGCAUAGACCAAAAAUUUUCAUUGUUUCGAUCUUGAACACUGCACCAGACCCUGAAAAAGAUUGUGAUGCAGUUCAGGACUUCUUUUCGAAGAUGGAGUCUGCUUUCAGGGCUCAUCCACUUUGGUAUGGUUGUUCCGAUGAUGAAUUAGACAAUGCAGGAGAUGGCCUGGAGAAGUAUGUCAUGACGAAGUUAUUUCCCCGGGUUUUUGCAUCAAACACCGAUGAUGUUAUAUCUGAUGAGAAACUCUUUCAGAAGAUGUCCUUGAUCCAACAAUUCAUAUCUCCUGAAAACUUGGAAUUACAACCAACUUUUCAAAACCAAACAUCUUGGCUCCUAGCUCAAAAAGAGCUCCAGAAGAUAAAUAUGUACAAUGCUCCUCGUGAUAAGCUUAUGUGUAUCCUUAGGUGCUGCAAAGUCAUUAACAACUUACUUCUAAAUGCUUCAAUUGCUUCAAACGAGAAUGCACCUGGUGCCGACCAAUUUCUUCCUGUUCUCAUAUAUGUUACCAUUAAGGCUAACCCUCCCCAGUUUCACUCAAACUUGUUGUAUAUACAAAGAUAUAGGCGUCAAUCUAAACUUGUUGGUGAAGCUGCAUACUUGUUCACAAAUAUACUCUCUGCAGAGUCAUUCAUCUCAAAUAUUGAUGCAGAAUCCCUCUCAAUGGAUGAAGCUGACUUUGAAAACAAAAUGAAAUCUGCACGGGCACGUCUUUCUGAUCUCGGAAGCCAGUCUUAUCAAACUGAUCACAGCGCUGCGCCCACUGCUCAUAAUCCUAAGAGGGAAAACACGCUUCUGCAUACAAAAUCGUCUGAUAGUCUCUCUGGUACCAAUGAAACACCAAUAAAGAAAGCCGAAUCCAUUACCGAUUUGGAAAAUAAGGGCGCUGCUACGCUUUCAAAGGAUAGAAGUGAGGCAACCAAAAUCUUUCAAGAAUAUCCUUACAUGUUUGCCAGUGUUGGUGAUUUAAAGAUAGGAGAUGUUGAAGGCUUGCUUAAUAAUUAUAAACAGCUCGUUUUCAAAUAUGUUUGCCUUUCCAAAGGCUUGGGUGAUGCAACAUCUUUAGCUCCAUCUCUUUCACAAUUACAAGCGUCUAAAGACUCUGAGAAUCAUACAACAUUGUCUUCAGAUGUUCAAACGAAAAGCGAAACUGACAGGAGCGUUGAUGAUUUGUUCCGGGCUCUACAAGAGAGACAGAGCCUACCGGCGAAUAUGGAAGGGAUUGGACUGCGAAGUUGCGGAGAGGAUAUUCUCCGUCUCGGAUUCAAAUUACGGGUUGGUACCGGCGGUAGGAUUCCGAUUCUCCGGCGCGCUAUGGGGAUAAAGAUGAGAGACCGUAGCAAGAACAGGAAACCAUUGCAAAGAGGUCGAAUGCUCAGUAUCGAAGCGAUUCAAGCGGUUCAAGCCCUGAAGCGAGCUAAUCCUCUUCUUCCUCCUCCUCUUGCUCCUUCUACUUCCUCAGCUCUGGUUGAUCGUGUAAUCAUCUCCAAAUUCCGUCGGCUCUUGAAAUUCGAUAUGGUCGCCGUUCUCAGAGAACUUCUACGCCAAAACGAAUGCUCUCUAGCUCUCAAGGUUUUUGAAGAGAUUCGAAAGGAGUAUUGGUACAAGCCUCAGGUGAGAAUGUACACAGAUAUGAUCACUGUAAUGGCGGAUAAUAGUUUGAUGGAAGAGGUCAAUUAUCUUUACUCAGCUAUGAAAUCAGAAAAAGGUUUAAUGGCUGACAUUGAAUGGUUCAACACUCUCUUGACGAUUCUUUUGAAUCAUAAGCUGUUUGAUCUUGUCAUGGAUUGUUAUGCCUUUAUGCAAUCUAUUGGCUAUGAACCUGAUAGAGCCUCCUUUAGGAUUCUAGUCUUAGGUCUUGAAUCAUAUGGCGAAAUGAGUUUAUCGGCUAUUGUUAGGAAAGAUGCUCAUGAGUAUUACGGUGAAUCACUCGAGUUUAUCGAAGAAGACGAAGAAAUCUCUAGUGGGACUGGUGUGUUGAUCUAACAAUGGAGCAAAAACGUUGAGAGAUUGGAGCUCUUCAUGGUUAUAUGUUCAGUCGAGCUCGAGGUUUGAUCAUAUCGUAUACUAAUACCUUCCGAGUAUGCACGAUGAGAUGAUGCGUGGAUUCUAGUAUCUAAGGUUAGCCAAACCAUAUCAUGUAGGCUUGUAACAUAGAAAUGUUACCGAGUAUGCGAGUUUUGAUUGCCUGAACUUGGAUGUGUUCCAAGUCACUCAAGUCACCAUGUCUAUGGAGACAUUUAUAGCUUCAAAUUCCAUCAUAAUUGAAGUUUUGUUAUUUGUAAAGCUCUUGUUGAUGUUAUAAGUACACUUUUGAGUAUUCAAAUAUAUAAGCUUGAAGUAC